AUGGCGGCACUCCCGCCGGGGCGCCACCUGGCGCAUGAGGUCCUGCUUGCAUUGUACGGCCUGCUGAGCCGCUACGCGCAGAUCAAGCCUACGCUACCAGUCCCCGCGCUGCGCCUGGUGGUGGUGACAAACCUGAUUGGAGAGGCCGCGCUGCUGCUCUUCCAUGCAGCGCCGCUGCUGGUCGCGGCGCAAGUGCGGCGGUGGAGGCGGCGCAGCUGGCCGCAGCCCGGCCUCCCUGCUCACGGCCCAGGGGAUGCAGCAGCGGCCUCUGCCAAGGCGGGAGAUGGGUGCUGCAGCAGCAGCGAGAGCAGCGAGGCCGCAGGAUGCCCGCCCGACGGGGAUGUGGAGCAGGCGGCAGGGAGCCCUCCGCAGCAGCACAGCUCGCCGGGCCAGCCUGACGAGCAGCCUUUGCAGCAGCAGCAGCAGCGGCGCCCGGCGCCCCUGGCUCAUGCCAAGACCUCGGUCCGGCCGCCGCUGCCCCUGGCGCGCGGCCUGUCCAGCCGGUUUGAGCGGUGGGAGGCGGGGCGGCCGCUGCUGCGCCGCCGCCUGGCGCUGGCCGCCAUCGUGGUCAGCUUCAUGGGCUGCUGCUCCCUGCACAUCCUGGCCCCCGGCUUUGUGGACGUGUCCAUCGUGAUGCUGACCACACAGUGGACGCCGCUGUUCAUCGCAGCGGUACAGUCGCUGCUGCUGCGCAAGCCGCUGCCGCGCGCCUUCUGGCCCAGCGCUGCCGUCAUGCUGGGCGGCGCGGGCAUGGUCAUCGUGCCGGCGGUGUCCCAGAGCACGUCGGGCAGCCUGAGCACGGCCCGCGGGUGGUGGGGCUUUGCCAUGGCGCUGGGAGCCCUCAUCUCGACCGUCAUUUACUACACGCUGCUGCAGGCCUGCCGUCACAUGGGGUUCACCGCGCUGCGGCUGCAGCAUUACAUGAACCUGGCUUCCAUCCUGCUGUACCUCCCCCUCACGCUGCCCAUCAACGGCACCGCCUGGGGGGCACAGUUUGCGGGGUGGGGCGCCACCGACUGGGCAGCGCUGGUCAGCCUGGCGACCGUCGCCUACAUGGGCAGCGGCGUGUUUAUGCAGGCGCGCGGGUGCCGGGCCGCGCCUCGCCUGUGCGUGUGGCGGCUGGGCGCCCCCACCGCCUCCAUGUUCUUCGGCCUGCGCCUCGUCUUCUCCGUGGUGCUUUCCACCCCCAUCCUGGGCUCCACCAUCAUCCAGACGGGCGUGCAGAUCGCGGGAGUAGUCGUGACGGCAGUGGCGGUGACGGCGUAUGCGGGCAGCCAGUGGUGGGCCAGCCGCGGCGAGCAGCUGCGGCAGCAGCUGGCGGAGCGGCAGGCGCAGGGGGAGGCGGCGGCGGAAGCGGCUGACUUGGGGGCCAGCCGUGAUGGGUGGCAGCACCCGGUGCACCACAAACAGCGCAAGCCACUGUCUUAG